UUAUUUAUUCUUGCACACUUCACAAUGUUGUUUCGUUUGUAGUUUUCUCUGAAUAUAACCAUAUAGCUAGUUAGCUUACUAGCUAGCUGAACAGAACUGUCUGUGUACGCUAGAAACCAUUCCUCAACCGUUCACAUACGUCAAAGCUGUAGCUACCACUUUGAAGGAUCUAACAGUUAACUUAGUGAGCGAAUCGACCAUCAAGUCGACCUACCAGAUGUAAAUAAUGCUAAUGUUAUCUGUUAGGGUAAGCUAAUUUCGUUGCUAGCUAGGCAGUCCAAGCCAACACCCUCAUGAGGCAAUCCAACUCCGGAGGAUUAGCUAGCUACCAACUGUAAACAAGUCUGACUAACUUGGGUUUUGCAUCUAGCAGCAAAGAACAAUCCAACAGAAUGUCAGGUGAUGCCAUUCUGCUGAAUGUACCUGUCAUUCGGCAGCUGUACCACUGGGACUGUGGAUUAGCCUGCGCAAGAAUGGUUUUGAAGUACGGGAACAUUUCAUCAUAUACUUUACAUACACGGUACCUCCACCCUGUAAGUGAUGAGGAGUUUCAGGGUGCUUGCUGGGAGCUGAAGCUGACGGAGAGUGUGUGGACAAUUGACUUGGCCUACCUCAUGUGCCAGCUGGGGGUCAGGUACCGCUUCUGCACUCAGACACUGGGUGUUGACAAGGGCUUCAGGAAUCAGUCCUUCUACAAAAAGCAUUUUGACACUGAGGAAGACAGAGUGAACAAACUCUUCCUAAAGGCUGAGAGCAAGAGUGUCGUGGUGAAACAAUGCUCUGUGACAAUUCAGGAAAUCCAGGAACAUGUUGACCAGAGCCAUGUGGCCAUAGUGCUGGUCAACGCUGUGGUUCUGGUGUGUGAACUCUGCUCUUCGUCUGUCAAGUACUGCUGUUUCCUGCCUGUGGGCCAGAAGUGCUUCUGCAGGAAGCCAGAAUACCAGGGUCACUUCGUGGUGGUGUGCGGCUUCAACCGGAGCAGCGGCUGCAUCUUCUACAACAACCCUGCCUACUCAGACCGCGUGUGUUGCACCAGCAUUAGUAACUUUGAAGAGGCUCGAAUGAGCUACGGGACAGAUGAGGAUAUUCUGUUCAUCUUCAAGGAGAGCUGAUGGUGUCGGUGCAGAUGACGAUGCAGAUGGUCUCCACAUCAUCAUAGCGUCCCAUCCUCACUAUGAUGACACGACAGUGGGUCUACAGGUCCCUGAACAGGGACUGCUGGUUCCAGCUCUGGCCCAGUGUUGUAGAUGGGCCUGGGCUGUCCACUCCAGUGCUAACAUGGCUGAUUGCUCACAGAACAUACAACACCACUCCUACGUCACCACACAUAGCCCAUGCUAGUCGUCAGUGUCUAAAGGAAUAACAGCUGAAGAGAUCAACAAAGCAAGUGUGGUUUUUACGUUAGUUGGGGGACAAGCAGAUAGAUGAAAUAGAAUAAAUGAAUUUUGACAGUGUCCCCUUUUGUUUAGUUUGAGUUGAUUCUACCAAUUGACAUUGUGAAAUAUUUAGCAGUGCAGGCCUAUAAAUCCUAUUCCUAUUGCUGAGUGGACAAAAUGCCAAUGACACUAAAGUUAUUUCUAAACUUGGAGACGAGGGCAAAACAAUGCACAUACAAGGGCUUACGGCAACAUGAUGCUUUCUUAAUGGUUUAUUCUGGUGUCAUGCUACUUGUCAUGCAAGUCUGAUGGGCCAUGUAUAGCUGCUUUCCUCCCCUAAGACUAGCCUAGUCUUAUUUUAUUAAUCGUUUGAUUUGUAUUAAUUGUAUUUAUUAAGGAUCCUCAUUAGCUGCUCAGCUACUCUUUCGGGGGGCCAGCAACAUUAACGCAGUUAUAUAACGUUUAAAACAGUACAUGACAUUACAUUUCAUAACACUUUACCCAAUACAUAUAGUGUUCCCUCAGUCCACUAUCACAUAUUUACAAUACAACAUCCAUGUGUACGUGUGUGUAGAGUGCGUGUCUUAUCAUGUGUCUGUGU